ACAUCAAAAGCAUAUAAGCAAAAAAAAACCAAAUUAUGGCUCCUUCAUCAGUCACCACUGUAGCCCUAACCCUAAUCUUGAUCUUCCACCUCACGCCGGAAACAACCGUCGCUCGUCGUCUCAGCGAUCAGAAGCCAAGUGAUGAAGUAGUCACCACCACUACCGACGAAGAGAACAACCUGCCGUUUCCACCGUUUCCACCGGGCUUGCCAUUUGGCGGUGUUCCUCCGUUACCGUCACUAUUUCCGCCGUUUGUACCUUCUCCGUUCCCUGGAAAUAUCCCACGUUUACCAUUUCCGUUUCCGUUUCCGACAUCACCUCCGGCGCCAUCUCUUCCUGGCUUACCUGGCUUUACGUUUCCUCCCCUGCCGUUCCUCACGCCGCCACCUCUGUGAACGUAUAGGUUAAGGCCGUUAUAAUAUUAGUUAAUUAUCUUGUUGGAAUAAUCUCAUGGUAAUAUCGAUAAUGAUCAUGUGUACUCGAUGAUAUAAUACUAGUUUUUUAAUAAAGAUGUGUCUUGAGU